AUGCCAUUAUUAGAAAGUUGGUUAGGUAAUUUAUUAUCACGACAAUUUGAAGGACAUCAUUCAAACAGUAUUGCUAAAACAGUUACAAAACAACGUAUUGAAUCACAUUAUGAUUUAGAAUUACGUGCUUCUGUUAUGCUUGAUAUAUUAGAUAUGAUGCCUGAAAAUAUAAAACAAAAUAAUGCACGACUUAUUUUACAACAUUUAAGUGAAGCAUGGCGUUGUUGGAAACGGAAGGAGCUGUUACCAUUUAUACAAUUAUUGUACAUUGGCUCUGAAUCCAGACAUUUUUCACCAAUACCAUUUCCACCAUUAGCAUAUAAACAUGAUACGAAAUUACUUAUAUUAUCAUUAGAAUAUUUAAAAGAAGCAUAUAAUGUUAAAUCAAAAUUAAAUCAACCACAACGAGAAGAAUUGGUUUUAAUUGAACAAGCAUAUGAUAAUCCACGUGAAGCAUUAUCACGUAUUAAACAUCAUCUUUUAACACAAUAUGUAUUUAAAGAAUGUGAAAUUGAAUUUAUGGAUUUAUAUGAUCAUUUAAUACCGGCUUAUGAUGUUGAACUAUUAGAAAAAAAAUUAUUGAUGCUUGUUUAG